CGGGGCUGAGCCAUCUUCUCGGCGCAGUCUCCGGGGUCCCCACAAUCGCCGGCUCCCUGCCUCCUGGGCUGGGCAGAAGCAGCAUCCACCAUUACAGCCUCAGGCCUCAGCUCCUCAGACCCAUGGUGAGGUGGUCAGCUGGAGUAGCUAUGGGGGGAGGAGGGAAGUGAGAGAAGAGGCCCCCGUGGAGCCUAGAGUCCCUCAUGGCAUGAGACCUUACAUUAGACAGAGUGGUUUGAAUUUCACCUCUCCUGCCUUGCGGCUGUGUGGCUGUGGAGAAGUCGCUUAACCUCUCUGAAUCUCCAGUCAGAGGAGAAGUAAUGUUAGUAGCCACCUUCUUGGCUUUCUGAGAGGAUGACCUAAGACCAGCAAAUGCUGAUGAGUCUGGCCUGCUUUCUCUGCAGUUUGAGGCAAUGAGAAACGAGAGUGUCACACAUGUGCCACAGCCCCGGGGAUCCAGAAGCACCUGGCAGCUGAGACACACCCUGGGACGGGUUUGCAGCCUGGGUGGUCACGUGAGCUUCUCCCGCACCUGUCUCCCAGGGGUUUGAAGCAGAGGUCAGAUGUCAUGCUCCCCCUGAGGCUCUGGCUGCCCCUGGUCACACAGACCCGGGCUGAAUGCCAGUGUCGCCUCCCCCUGGCUGUGUCACUUCCUGUUUCCCGGUCUCUGGUGGGUGCCCAGCCACCUGCCUCUCUGCUUCUGGCCCGGCUACCGUGGGGGCCUUCUUAUCUGGGGCCUCAUUGUCUUCUGGGCAUUCGAGGGCUCCCAGCCUUGUCUAGCACUGACCUUCUAGCGUGACCAGAGGAGGGGAUCAGGGGUGAGUGAGGAGGAAUACACCUGACUCCUCAGUGCCUCGGCCAGGCCGGCCGGCCAGGGUUCUCCCCCUCCUUCCAGUCCAGCCCCGCUGAGCCAGGCUGGGGGCCUGAGCACUUGCAGCCCCGAUGCUAAUGGCCAGAUGGCCUCAGUGCCCGCAGGGCCGGGCGGCACCGUGGCCUCCGGCCCGCAGAUGCCUCAGCCUGGCACCAACAGGCCAGCCCGGAGCCAACGGGGCACUGGGGGAGGGGCGGCCGCCAGCCUGUGUGUCUGGGGGCUGAAUGCGUGCUACCGGCCAUGAGAGCAGUAUUUAUCCGGCCACGGGUGCUGUGCAGCGGGGCACGCCCUGAGACUUGUUGGUGUGCGUGAUUGUAUGUGUGCGUGUCUGUGGCAAGUCAACCACGUGCUCCCCUGCGUGGGCCCAGGACAGUGAUGCUUCUGAGCACCCCCUAUGUGCUGUCACUUGGAGCUGAGAAAGGCAGGGAUAGGGAAGGGCCCUGGGCCGGGGUCAGUCAGGGACCUCUCUGGGCACUGAACUCGUGGACCCCCUCCUAGCUACUGCUGGGGACUCAGAGGGUGUGGAGAAGGGGUGUUGGGAGUGGGUGCCUUGGGGCAGAGCCCGUGAGCGUCAGGAGGGUGUCCUCGGGGCCAGGCUGUGUCCCAGACCCUGGGCAUGAGACAGCAGCGAACGAAACAGCACACCCCCUGUGUUCCGGUGGCCGGGGAUCUCAUAGUGGGAACGGCAGCCAAGCCAACCCCAUGCAUGUCAUUGCUGUUAUUACCACCAUUAUCAGGUCACCGGUCGGUGCUUUGGGGUUACGGUGAGGACCUGGGUGAGGUGGUGCAGUCUCCCGAGGGUGCAGGAAGACCUCUGGAGAUGCUCCUAUGGCAUUGAAGCCAAGGACCGAAGGAGGUGAGGUGUCAGGAGGCUGUCUGGGAGGAACGUCCAGGACAGGCUUGAGGAACAACGUGGAGGCGGUGGGCUGUAGCCGAGUGAGUGAGGCGGAGGCGGGAGGUGGGUUCCGAGGGGUCCCGGGCUCCGCUCACGCAGGCCUUGCAAGUGCCAGCAGGGACUCUGGCUUUGAGCGGAGGACGGACAGGCGCCCCCACCGCGGCUGCCUCUGGACUGGGGUUGGGGCAGGAGCAUCAGGGUUGGCGAGGUGGCCGCCAUACUGGUCCGGGUGGGUGAUGAUGGGGACUCGGGCCACGGAGGCGGGAGAAGAGGCAGGAUCCCAAAUAGAUUUUGAAGUCAGAGCCUUUGGGGUGGGACCAAGACGAGUUGAGGAUGAAUCCAAGGUUUUUGACCGGAGCUGCUGGGAGGACGGAGUGUCACUUUUCCAAGCCGAGAGGGAGGAUAAGGAGCCGGCUUAGGAGGGGAAAUGGAGAGUCCGGUGAUGGGAGACGCCCCACCCGGAGCCGGCCUGGGGGCGAGCCAGGGCCCCCCCACCCCCGGGAUGACCUCGGCCGGCAGGGCCAACCCCUACAGUAUCGUGUCAUCAGAGGAGGACGGGCUGCACCUGGUCACCAUGUCGGGCGCCAACGGCUUCGGCAACGGCAAGGUGCACACGCGGCGCAGGUGCCGAAACCGCUUCGUCAAGAAGAACGGCCAGUGCAACAUUGAGUUCGCCAACAUGGAUGAGAAGUCGCAGCGCUACCUGGCCGACAUGUUCACCACAUGCGUGGACAUCCGCUGGCGCUACAUGCUGCUCAUCUUCUCGCUGGCCUUCCUCGCCUCCUGGCUCCUGUUCGGUGUCAUCUUCUGGGUCAUUGCCGUGGCCCACGGCGACCUGGAGCCGGCAGAGGGCCGCGGCCGCACGCCCUGCGUGAUGCAGGUCCACGGCUUCAUGGCGGCCUUCCUCUUCUCCAUCGAGACGCAGACCACCAUCGGCUACGGGCUGCGCUGUGUGACGGAGGAGUGCCCCGUGGCCGUCUUCAUGGUGGUGGCGCAGUCCAUCGUGGGCUGCAUCAUCGACUCCUUCAUGAUCGGCGCCAUCAUGGCCAAGAUGGCUCGGCCCAAGAAGCGGGCACAGACGCUGCUGUUCAGUCACAACGCCGUGGUGGCCCUGCGCGACGGCAAGCUCUGCCUCAUGUGGCGCGUGGGCAACCUGCGUAAGAGCCACAUCGUGGAGGCCCACGUGCGGGCCCAGCUCAUCAAGCCGAGGGUCACCGAGGAGGGCGAGUACAUCCCGCUGGACCAGAUCGACAUCGACGUCGGCUUUGACAAGGGCCUCGACCGCAUCUUCCUCGUGUCACCCAUCACCAUCCUGCAUGAGAUCGACGAGGCCAGCCCGCUGUUUGGCAUCAGCCGGCAGGACCUGGAGACGGAUGACUUCGAGAUCGUGGUCAUCCUGGAGGGCAUGGUGGAGGCCACGGCCAUGACCACGCAGGCCCGCAGCUCCUACCUGGCCAACGAGAUCCUGUGGGGCCACCGCUUUGAGCCUGUCCUCUUUGAGGAGAAGAACCAGUACAAGAUCGACUACUCCCACUUCCACAAGACCUACGAGGUGCCCUCCACACCCCGCUGCAGCGCCAAGGACCUGGUGGAGAACAAAUUCCUGCUUCCCAGUGCCAACUCCUUCUGUUACGAGAACGAGCUGGCCUUUCUGAGCCGUGAUGAGGAGGACGAGGCAGACGGAGACCAGGAUGGCCGCAGCCCCCAGGCCCGGCAUGACUUUGAUAGACCCCAGGCCGGUGGCGGCGGCGGCGGCGGCCUCGAGCAGCGGCCCUACAGACGGGAAUCAGAGAUCUGAGCCGCCAUCGGCCAACGUGCAGCAUCCGCCCCGCCAGGGAGAGGCCCGGCGUCCCGCAAGGGCCCCGGGUUUGAGCAGAACGGGCCAGGUGCCCCGGUUGCAGACUCAGUAGCGUUUUAGAUGUUUUAUGUUUCUUCACAGUGGCCUGGCAAGGUUGGCGGGAGAGUGGGCGGCCAGUGGGCUGCCCCUGGCCUCAGGGGCCAGAGCAGGUGCAGGGACAGGGAGGUGGCCUCUCGGGGUCCAGGCCAGGAGCCGGGGGCUUCUGCCUGAGGCUAGAACUGCAGCCUGCCUGGAAACGGCUCCACAGCCACCCAGCCUCUGUGGGCGAAGGCUGGCAGGCUGCAGUGCGCCUCGCUGGUUUUUAACUUGGGGAGAAACACCAGUUUUGGCUUUCUCAACCUUAGCUUGAGUAAGACUGUUUACAAAAAAAAAUAAUAAUAAUAACACGUGAUUGAAAACAAUUUACUUUGUGGGGGUUAUAAGAAAGGACAGUUAGAAUCCCACUAGUCUGCUGAGAUGGAAGCAGUCAGAUGGAGGCUCCACGAGGUUCCCUGAGGCUGAACAGGCCUCUCCUCUGCGAAGGCGGGUGUGUGCCGGGCGGCGCAUCCGCAAGGGCGAGCGCGGUGCUCACCCGUGGUUCUUCGUGCUCACGGGCGCGUUAGAUGACGUUUGCGAUAGAAAACCAAGACCAUGUGAAUGAUCGUAAUAAAAGCUUUCCGGUAGAGGUGGGGGUAGGGGCUGGGAAAAAACCAGUCUGAGCUUUUUGAGUUUGACUUUUGUACCUUAGAGGUGCGUCUCAGGGCUGGAUAUGGGAUCUGCCUGCCGUGGAGGGUCCGCUCUCCCCCCACCCGCCAGAUUUUCCUGUUUUACUUUUCUCUCCUUUUCUGCCCAGUAGCCCCCACCCCUUCCACAGUGAGGGAUACUUGGAAAACGUUGGAGGAGAUGGCCCCGUGGGAAGGGAGGCCGGGUUCCCAGACUACAAGGAAGCAGAUCAGCCCCGUUCCCACGGGACCCCAGUGAGUCGUGCCUUAGAGACCCGGGUGGGCCAGCUCCGGUUGUUUCUGUUCUUAUCGGACUCGCCCCUCCUCCCAGCCGCCCCUGACUCCACCGUGAAGUCCCCACCAGCCUGUCUGCAGAGGCUGGGCUGUCCUGGUGCUCUCUGCACGCCUGGGGCAGCACGGGCUGUACUCUGCUGCUGAACGGCAGAGGAAUCGUCUUAGAAAAGGUGUGGCAUCGUCAGCAGAGAUGACUGGGGGUGGCACGUGCAACCAGGCACCCUCGUCAGGAAGGGGUUUGGGGCACUGGGCUCUGUUGGCCCAGAGCAGGCCCCUGGACCAGGAGCCGCCCAGUGUGGGCUUGCUCUUGGUGGAGGACACGGAUGGCAGAGAUGGAGCUGGGGCCCUUUCCAGGACAGCUGAGAAUGUUGUCCUCCCAAAUAACCAGGCCUGGAAGGAAGUCCUUAAUUAGAAAGCCCAUGUGUGUCUCCCCAGCCUGCCUGUCUAGGCCACUCCAAUCCGCGUCCCCCAAGACAGCCAGGCACCGAGGACUCUGGCCCAAGUGGGGAAACAGGUAGGGUGCAAGGUCACCCAGUGAGUGGAUGGGUCCUGGGAGGCAGGGAGAGGCCGGGGGGGGGGU